AUGGCCGCCGAACGCCCCGACAAGAAGGAGAAGAAGGAGAAGAAGGAGAAGCGCACCAGCGAAGAGGCCGGUGUGAAGAAGGACAAGAAGGAGAAGAAGGAGAAGAAGGAGAAAAAGGACAAGCUCGCCGCGGCCGUCGAGGACAAGAUCCAGCAGGAUGCCGCCGCCAAGCCGUCCAAGAAGGACAAGAAGGCUGCUGCCGCCGCCGAGGAUGACUCCGACUCCGACAUGGAGGACGGCGACAAGGCCGCUGAGCUGCCCCUCGAGCGUACAGUGGUGUCCUUUGCCAUUCCCGUCGCUGACGAGAAGGGCAUGAAGAAGGUGUACAAGACGAUCCGCAAGUCCGCCAAGAACGGCACCCUCAAGCGCGGCGUCAAGGAGGUCGUCAAGACGCUCCGCAAGUCCCCCGCCGCCGGCCCGUCCUCGACCUCCUUCCCGGGCAUCGUCGUCAUCGCCGGCGACAUCUCGCCCGCCGACGUCAUCUCGCACAUUCCCGUCCUGUGCGAGGACCACAACGUGCCCUUCAUCUUCGUCACGUCGCGCGCCGAGCUCGGCGCCGCCGCCAAGACGAAGCGCCCGACGUCGGUCGUCAUGAUUAUGCAAAAGCAGGACGGCAAAAAGGCCAAGAGCAAGAAGGAUGACGAGGAGAAGGACGAUGGUGAAGACUUUGGCGAGGCGUACGCGUCGCUGGCCAAGUACGUCCAAAAGGAGUACCAGAAGCAAAGUUUCUGGGCCAAGGGCGACUCCAAGGCGUUGUUGUAA